GACGGAUUCAGGCGGAAUCGGCUGAAUCUACUAGAUUCAUUCAAUUGAGUAAUUUCUCGACUCAAGACAUCGUCAUCUGAGGGUUGCGGACAUGGCGUUACCCAUACUCGCCGGUGCAGCAGGAGUAACUGCCGUCGCUGCCUACCUUAACGCCAAAUACCACAUAGCCUACGACCUCGCCAAUGCCCGCGGCGGUCUUGCCCCUUCCCCAGAUGUCCUCGACUUCAUGAGCGACCGUGUAUCUCGCAGGCGCGUCCUCAACUACCACGUGUUCGAAGACCAGGUCCACAAACAGCCCAAUCACCCCUUUCUCAUAUUCGAAGGCAAGACGUGGAGCUAUAGGGAGUUCUUUGAGGCUAUCAUAAGAGUGGGUAACUGGUUGGUGAAUGAUUUGGGGAUCGGCGUAGAGGAGGUUGUAGCUAUUGAUGGGGGAAACAGCCCAGAACAUUUGAUGCUUUGGUUGGCGCUUGAUGCGGUGGGAGCAGUUACAAGUUAUAUCAAUUGGAACUUGACGGGGACGGGGUUGGUACACUGCGCGAAACUAUGCAACACAAGAUACUUGAUCACUGAUGCCGAUGUCAAGAGCAACGUCGAACCAUGUCGAACGGAACUUGAAGGGCUGGGCACCAAGAUCCAAUACUACGACCCAGUAUUCAUCGCGUCAUUGUCCGACACUACGCCGAUACCCGAGUCACGUCGUGAAAACAUUAGUGUGGAAUCAGUCCGAGGUCUCAUCUAUACCUCUGGGACUACUGGUCUGCCAAAAGCUGUCGUUAUGGGCACUGGCCGCGAGCUUGUAACUGGUUAUACCGUAGCAAAGUACCUAGGACUGAAGCCGGAAGAUAGGAUGUACACGUGUAUGCCUCUUUACCACGGCGCUGCUCAUGGUCUUUGCGCCGUGCCGACGAUAUACGCGGGUAGCACUAUUGUAUUGGGCCGAAAAUUCUCGCACAAGACGUUCUGGCCGGAAGUGGCCACAUCGGGUGCGACACACAUCCAGUACGUUGGUGAGCUUUGUCGGUAUUUACUCAACGGUCCCAAAAACCCGUACGAACAAAAACACAAAGUCAAGAUGGCGUGGGGCAACGGCAUGCGACCAGACGUAUGGGAACCAUUCCGUGAGCGAUUCAAUAUCCCCGUGAUUAACGAAUUAUACGCGGCAACUGAUGGCCUUGGUGCGACCUUCAAUCGCAACGCUGGGCCCUUCACCGCGCACACAGUCGGUCUUCGAGGGCUGCUUUGGAAUUGGAAGUUCAGUGAGCAGGAGGUUCGGGUAAAGAUGGAUGUCGAUACCGAAGACAUAAUGCGGGACGAGAAUGGGUUCGCAAUCAAAUGCGGUGCUAAUGAGCCGGGCCAAGUUCUCCAUCGGUUGACUCCAGAGACGCUACCAGGAGCACCAGGCUACUACAAAAAUGAGGGUGCGACGCAAAACCGGAGGAUUACUGACGUGUUCAAGAAGGGCGAUAUGUGGUUUAAAUCUGGCGACAUGAUGCGACAGGAUGCUGACGGCCGUGUCUUCUUCGUCGACCGCCUCGGCGACACAUUUCGCUGGAAAUCCGAAAAUGUUUCCACCAACGAAGUCGCAGACAUGAUUGGGAAGUUUCCCCAAGUCGCUGAAGUAAACGCUUACGGCGUUCUCGUGCCUGGCUACGACGGCCGGGCAGGCGCCGCAUCCAUCGUCAUGGCCGACGGUGUCACAGAGUCAACGUUUGAUUUCCAAGGUUUGGCGAAGCAUGCGAGAGCGGUAUUACCGGGGUAUGCCGUGCCGUUGUUCUUGCGGGUUACACCGGCGCUGGAGUAUACGGGGACGUUGAAGAUCCAGAAGGGUAGGCUAAAGAGUGAAGGGAUUGAUCCAGACAAAGUUACGGGCGAGGAUAAGAUCUACUGGCUGCCGCUGCAUAGUGAUAGGUAUCUGCCAUUCUCAAGGAAAGAUUGGGAGGGGAUCAAGGAUAAGAGUUUGCGCCUGACGUGAGAGCGACAGUGGUAAGGGGCGUCUGCCAGUGCGAAAUUAGAUUACUUGCAAUAGACGUACUAGUGUCAGCCUGUAACGUAUGUCAUAUCAGCGAAAGGCGACCG